AUGCCCACGCGUCCACCUGCGCCGCGGGCUACGGCCGAGCGGGCAGGGCCGGCAAGGGGCGGGUCCCGAAGGGAGCGCGUGCCCGCAGCCCCCGCCGCCGCGCCCGCGCCCGCCCCCUCACUUCCUGUUGUGCCACAAGCCCCCCGGCCCCCACCUCCGCUCUGGGCCACUGUGGGGGCAGCUGCCGCGAGAAUCCCACAUAGGACCGACGGGGCGCGCAAGGCUGGCCGCUCACCGAACAGCGACGCUCCCUCUCGGUCUCUGCCUCGAACACGAUGCGCCUUUCCGCCAGCAGCCUCCUCACGCAGAGAACUCGAGGACGGCGCGGCACCCGCUGCGAACCCCGCAGCGGAGCAGAAGGCGGCGACGGCUGAGCCGAGCCCACCGAGUGCCCGCACCCGGCCGCAUCUCUCGCUGCCGCAGCAGUUGUCGCGGUCCUCCCGCCUCCGCACGUGGCGAGCGGCAGCGGCCCAGCGGCUAGCGCGCGGGUCUUCUGGCCGCUACCCGUCGAGCGCGCGCUCGGGGCGUUCCUCGCCGAAUCCGGGCCUAUCUCUCGCUUCGCUGCAGCCGCCACACUCAAACCCCCAUAGUGGGCCCCUCCCAGACGCCGUAGUCAUCGCAGCCGCUGCGCGUCACUUCCGGGACCGGCAGGGGCGGAGCUGCGAGCCAGAGGGGUGCUGCGAGCCCCGGCCGCCCCAAAACUCGGGUUUGAGAGGGACCAUGGGGCUUCGGGAGGGCGUACAGUGAGGGCGCCCCUCGGAGUUCCCCAUUUGUCACUUUCCUCCGGGCUCGGCCCUGUUACUUCCACUUCCCUGUGGCGCCUGACCGCAACCCGCAGGACCAAAGCAGGACCAAAGCUGCCGCCUCUCUGGCGAUCUCGUACUCCCCGGAGUAUUCUCGGUCCUGGGACCCUCCGCUCUUUCCCCUUGAAGGCGACCACUUCUAUUUCUGAUAAGUGUAAUAGCUUCUCCCUCUAUGCUCCCGGUCCUGCCUUCCUCCUGCAGGGUGGACGAAGACGUUGGUGCCACCACAACAUUCUCAUCGAAGUGCCAUUUCCCAGGGCACUACAAACAGUCGAAAAAUAUUAAAUCAACACUGUGGCUCUCCAGCCCGGGAAUUAACAAAUUGAAACGCUUGUGUCCUGGGAAAAGCCCACUCUGGCACGUGAGUCAGAGACCCGGAGUCUAGUCGGGGCUCUACCCCUUACUCGGCGACCUUAAGCAAAUUUCUUAACGUCUCCAAGGAAAUUUUCAAUCUUGGAUUGAUGACACUGACACCCACAGAGAACAUCAUCGCCAUCCACGACUUACACAGUUUUCAGAGUUCUUUCAUGAUCUCUUUUGAUCCUGUUGACAUAGACAAAGACUUCAGCUGUAGAUCCAGAGAUGAUGUGGGAGGCAAAAUCAGGCUGAUGAAUAGAUAAAUACGGUUCUAAAUAGGGCUUAGUUUUGUGGGAAGGGAAGGGACGUGGACGGCUGGGAGAGGGAGAAAAAGUACCGCCUUCCACACGUUAAGGAACAUUUCCUGAAAGAGGUGGAGUUUGAAAGCCUUGGUGCCAAUUCCAGAAUGUGUAUUGCCACCUUUUUUCUCCCUGACUUUAUAUAUCCAGUGGCAAAACAAAUUUAGUUUUUGCUAUACUGGAGGACUUAGCUUAUGAGUUGUACACCCACCUCAGAAAUGUGACACAGCUACUGGCCUCCCUCCUUUAGACUCUUGAGGGAAGAAAAUUUGAAUUCUGUCUAGUCUGUGGGGCUUUUUUCAUCCCUUUCUCCUGGCUUCUUCCCUGCUUCUUAGAAAAUGCAGCAGUGAUGUAUGUAACUGAUUGAACAUGACUAGGAAUCAGAUUCUAACGGGACACCCCUAAAGCAGAGGGAGUAUUGAGGUUCUCCCCAUAACAGAAGAGAAUCCAAAGACAAGGUUUCAUGGAACAAAGAGUUGUGUUUAGAAUUUGUUUGGAAUUUACCCUUCCCCACUGUGUAUAUAGUUUGUCAUUUUCUCUUUGUAACUUCUUCCAUUCUCCCCCUCCCUGUCUCUUUCUCUUGUUCUCUUUUUCUUUCCUUUGCCCUCUCUCUUGCUCUCUCACACUUACUUUUAUUCCUAUGCCUACUUUUUCCUCUCCCCUUUUCCCUUUUCCUCUCUAUGCCUCACCCCUGCCAGUGGUCCUCAUGAGAUCUUAUUAGCCAUAAUAGAGGUCCUUGUGCCUAAGACUAUUUCAAAUCAAAAAAUAUUUUUUAUGCAUUAACCAUCUGCUGAGCACUGUGCUAGCUACUUUUGGAGAUACAAAGAUUACUAGGACCAGUCCCUUCUCUUUAGAAGUUUGUAAUCAUCAAGGGGGUAAAAGCCACUAUGCUAUAGGAAAGGGGAGGGGGGGGUUAGGUUGGGGUAAAAUUUAUGUGCUGGGAGUAGGGAGAAGGAGGCCCAGGAGGAGCCUCCUGGACACUACAGGGUGUCUAGGAUUUAGAGAAAGUUGGGGUGGGGAUGUGUAGGGAAACAUUCUGCUUGGAAUUACUUCUUCCCCAAACUCCCCCACCUGCCUAACCCCUACUUCAGGUCUCAGCUCACAUGUUGCCUACUUCAGGAAGAUCCUCCAGGCACUUAGCCUGGGUUGGGUGCCCUCCAAGGAGCUCCCAUCAUGUCCAGUGCUAACCCUUCUUGCAGCUCUCACCACGCUGAUUUGAAAUUUCUUUUUCACCUCUUCAGCCCUUUGUACUGAGUCCAUGAGAGGAGAACCUCAGUCUUGUUUACCACUGCAGUCCCAGAACUCAGUGCAAUCCCUGCCCCAGUAGCUGCUGAGUAAAUGCUUAAUAAAUCAAUAGAUACUCUAGGCUAAGGGAUUGGCAUAGCAAAACUCAGUGGUAUAAAACUCCCUGACAUGGAGAAGUGUAGUAUGAUUAAAGCUUGAGCCCAUUUCCUUCCACCUCUCCAUGGCCUUGCUCCAUCCAUUAUUGCCUCUCAAAUUUUUAGUCUCUCACCUCCCUAUCCUUUUGCUGGUAAAUGCAUUCAAGUCUCACCAUCCUAAGAAAACUCCCCCCUUCAACUAUCAGCCUAUCCCUCUAUUUCCUUCUGCUCAGAAUCAAAUUUAAUAAAAUAAUGUUUAUAUUUGCCACCUACACUGUCUCACCUUCUAGUCACUCUUCAGUAAAUCUCUUUACUGUCUUGUCCCCACCAUUGACUUCUCUAGUAAAGGCUGCAGCCAUCCUGAUUGUCAAAUCUGACAUCCCCCUUUUCAGACAUUAUCCCAUUUGCCAUCUCCUAUUCAUCCUCACGACCAGCUUAGAUGUCAUCUUGUUAGGUAAAACUCCCCCAAGCUCUAAAAUAGACUUAAGUGCCCCUUUCUGGCACUACUAGCCUUUUCCACCCUAAAACACUUGCCUCUCUUGGUUUCCAUGAUUUUCCUUCUGUCUCUCUGGUCAGUUUUCUUCUCUCUUUCAGGGCUUCUCUUCUACCAGCUCUGAAGAAUGGCUUCUGUCCUUGCCUUAGUUUCUAUCCCUGGCCUCUUGUCCCUCAACACACUCUCCAGGAGGCACCUCAUUCUCUCCAAGACUUCAUUUACCACCCAAGUGCUAUUAACCCCUAACCGCUAUUUCUGACCCUGACU